AUGUACGCACAGUCCCAACAACCAACUAAUGAGCCUUUACCCGAAAUAAUAGUGCCUAAUCCACCUUCUGAUAGCAUUUCUUCCCUGGCCUACAGUCCGGUCAGUGAUGUUUUAACCGCCUGUUCCUGGGACGGCUCUAUUUAUAUCUACAGCCCAUCUUCACCCGAAUCUCACGAAACAAUGUCCCUGAAAACAUCUAUUCCUAACACCAACUCAUCGCCUAUUCUUUGCAGUUGCUUCUCUAAUGAUGGCGCAUUCCUUUAUACCGGUAGUGCUGAUGGUAAAAUCAGAAUUCUUGAUAUGAGUUCUGGCAAUCUAAAUGAGCUGGUAGGACAUAGUGUUGGUAUUGGGUGUAUGACCUUUACAGCUUCUGGGUUUCUAGUAACUGGAGGUUGGGAUAAAAGAUUGAAGGUUUGGGAUCUCAUGACUUCACAAACACCCAUUAAAGAGAUAUUAAUGGAUCAUAAGAUUUUUGCUUUAGAUUCCAAAGAUAGAUCUAUUGUAGUUGGUCUUUCUAACAAUCAAUUAGUUACUUAUGAUUCUCAUCGGUUUGAAAAGGUUAAGCUGCCAACUAUUAGUAGUUCGUAUCGUGGGGGGUAUGGGUACAAAGCUCCUGGUCAAAUGUCGCUGAAUCGGUCGUAUGAGAGUGGUAGUAAGUACGUUCCUAAGAUUAAUUGGCAGAUUCGGAGUAUUUCCUGUUCUAAUGAUGGGAAUGUCGCUUUAGUCUCUUCUAUUGAAUCUAAAGUAGAUUUAGUGGCUGUUCAGCCUAUGGAAGAUACGCCUAACAAUUACUUCUAUAGUUUUAAGUGUCAUAAAACCGACCGUGUUCUUUAUCCAGUUAACAAAGUGAUGUUCCAUCCGAUCUUCCAGACGACAGUAGUUACCUUUGGAGGAGAUGGUAGUUAUACGCUUUGGGACCGACUGGCCUUGACCAGACUAAGAACAGGAGGUCCUCAAAAUGACAUGUCUAUCACUACUGCUGCCUUUGAUAAAACAGGCCGGUUUAUGGCCUAUGCGAUUGGAUACGACUGGAGCAAAGGAUUCCGAGCUCAAAUUCCCGUACCAGUGGAGAUAAGAAUCGUAAGUGUUCCAGAAAACGUGCAUAAGCAACAACCAUAG